AGCUCAAAUAAAAUUCCUACGAGACAGACUUCAGUACUUCAAGUUUACGAUACACACCUCUUUUUGAGCGAGUAAAGGUCGACGGGAGAUUCGUUUAUAAGGUUUAUAAGCUCUGUAUGUUAGUGGGAGGAGAGAAAGGGAGAUAGCGAUGGUUAAUUUAAAAGCCCUCUUCAACAGGAUGAAAGAAUCGAUCAGCUGACCUUUCUUCACGUAACAAUUAUUAUUACUGCCAGUAAGCUUCACAUUCCGACGGUUGUUUAUAUAUGAUGCUAUUUUCCUCCAUGACUGCUAACUUGAUUAGAAAAACACGGGUUUAUUGUUUUAUGAUAUUUAACCGAGUAACAUUUAUUUGACUUAAGAAGACAGAGAGAAAAUGUCGCUUUACGUUAAAGGUCUGAGUAAAGAGUUACUGAGCGGCCCCACUGAAAUGGCCCAGUUUCAGGAAGUGAUGCGGCAGCAGCUGGAGAGCUCGAUGCAUGUCGAGCUGGAAAAACUCUUAAGUACAGCCAAAGGCAGAGACGCAGAGGUGUCUAAGAAGGACUUUGAGGGCUUUAGGAAGAUUUUCCAUCGAUUUCUACAGGUGAAGGGACCUUCAGUUGAGUGGGCAAAAAUCAACAGGCCCCCAGAGGACUCGAUCCAGCCGUAUGAUAAGAUCAAGUCGAAGGGUCUGCCGGACAACAUAGCAGACAGUCUGAAUAAGCUGGUGGUAGUGAAGCUCAAUGGAGGUCUUGGAACUAGCAUGGGCUGCAAAGGGCCCAAGAGCCUCAUUAGUGUCCGUAAUGAAAACACUUUCCUGGAUCUGACUGUCCAGCAGAUUGAGCACUUGAAUAAAACCUACAAUGCUGAUGUUCCACUGGUGCUUAUGAACUCCUUUAACACAGAUGAAGAUACCAAGAAAAUCCUACAGAAAUACACACACCACAGAGUCAAGAUACACACUUUCAACCAGAGCAGGUAUCCACGGAUAAAUAAGGAAUCCUUGUUGCCGGUUGCGAAGGACAUGGGUUUGACUGGAGAAAACGCAGAUGUGUGGUAUCCUCCUGGUCACGGCGACAUUUUUGCCAGCUUUUAUAACUCCGGUCUGCUGGAGCAGCUCAUCGCUGAAGGGAAGGAGUACAUUUUUGCCUCCAACAUCGAUAACCUGGGCGCCACCGUAGACCUGUAUAUAUUGAACCACCUGGUGAGCCAGCCGAAUGGCAAACGAUGCGAGUUCAUCAUGGAAGUCACGGACAAGACCAGAGCGGAUGUUAAGGGAGGUACACUUAUUCAAUAUGAUGGGAAACUUCGGCUACUCGAGAUCGCCCAGGUUCCAAAAGCUCACGUAGAUGAAUUCAAAUCAGUCACCAAGUUUAAGAUCUUCAACACUAACAAUCUGUGGAUCUCCCUGUCUGCCAUGAAGAAACUACAGGAGCAGAACGCCAUGGACAUGGAGAUAAUAGUCAACCCUAAGACUUUAGAUGGUGGAUUGAAUGUAAUUCAGCUGGAGACUGCAGUCGGUGCUGCUAUCAAGUGCUUUGAUAACGCCCUGGGCAUCAAUGUGCCCCGCAGUCGCUUCCUGCCUGUCAAAACCACCUCUGAUCUCCUACUGGUCAUGUCCAACCUGUACAGCCUGGAGGCGGGGUCUUUGAAUAUGAGCGAGAAGCGCGAAUUUCCAACAACUCCUCACGUCAAAUUGGGCAGCUCCUUUACUAAGGUUCAGGAAUAUCUCAUGCGCUUCGAGAGCAUUCCAGACAUGCUAGAGCUGGAUCACUUGACUGUGUCUGGAGACGUUACCUUUGGAAAGCAGGUCUCUCUGAAGGGAACCGUCAUCAUCAUAGCUAACCAUGGAGAAAGAAUUGACAUUCCAGCCGGCUCUAUGUUGGAAAAUAAAAUUGUGUCCGGAAACCUUCGGAUCCUGGAUCAUUGAUGCCUUUCUGCCAUGUGGCUUGGAUGCCAGUUCUUGUGAUCUACCCACAUCUGCCUCUCUCAGAGCCUCUAUCAACUUUCAUCAUUCCAGAGAUUAAUUUUUGUAGUUGUCUAGGUCCAUUGUGUGUGUAUAUAUGUGUGUUUUCCUUUUUAUUGUUUCUGUCCAGCAGUGUAACACAGUUUCUCUGUAUAAAAUUAUUAAAUUGUAUGUGUGCAUAUGUAUCUCAACAUUAGCAAUAAUUUGCAUCAUUGUGUUUAGUUUGUUUAGUUUUAAGAAUGCAGUAUUUCUCUUAUUGUAUCUAUGGCAUUACAAAUGGCCCUCCAAUGUUAACAUACUCUAAAAAAUGUGAAAGAAAGUGGGUGAAGCAAUAAGCGCACUGCGACAGUGAAGGCGGAAUGUUCCCUUUUGUGUUUCAGUUCUAGAUCCUAAAAGUUUUGUGAAACCAAAUAAAGUGCAAUAUGGAACAAGACAA